ACAACACAAAGGGUGUUUAUUAUUUUUAAAUUAAAUAUGUUGACAGAACUGCAAUGGUGCUGAUGUGAUUGAGGGGAAAGUCAUAAACAGUAUAGGCAAAGAGAGAAACGAGGGAAGUUGUGGGUGCGAGUAGCUGUUGGAAAAGCCUCAUCUUCACUUUCCAAUAUGUCUGGUUCACGGAAGAGCGGUAUGUGUCCUCAGCUCAUUUAAACAGGCGAAAACAUUACCGCUCACUUUGUUGAUUUAUUAUUUUUUUUUACAUAUACACCUUUUUUGAAAAAAGCUACCGAGGACGAUCGAUAUUCAUUAAAUCCUCUUGCUUAUUUUUGUAAUAUUUGAGUGGAUUUUACUACUAGCAGCAGAGUAAUUAUGAUUUGGACUUGCAAACCCAACACAGCAACAAAAAGCAUCUUUACAUGAUGUGCAAUGGGAGAAAUACAGGUGCAGUCAUAUAAAAUUUACAUUUCAAGAAAUAUCUUUGAAGAUUUUCAAUGAAGAUGAUGGAUGGAGCUGAAUCUGUGCGGUCGGGUAAAAGCGACCGCUCGGAGCGGUCACAUCGAAGCCAUGGUAGCAUGCAUCACCGCCACCACCAACGCCAACCAAGUAACCGUCCGCACCGCAGCCAAAGCCGAGACAAGGUGCGUGGGGGUGAUGAACAUAUCGACGACCGUGCUGUGCAGCACAGGGACCAUCAUAUCGUGUCGGGCGAAGACGAAUGCGAGGAACGCAUCGAAGUUCAAAUACUCCCCCAAGAUGAUAACUGGGGGGACAACACAACAGCUAUCACAGGAAAUACGAGUGAAACUGCAUUUUCGAUGGAGGAUAUGCACAAAUUUUCUAAAGAUCUUGAUGACAGCAUUGGCUUCGACUGCACUCGUUAUGUUGGCACAGCCCUUGCUACUUUCCUCAGCUUGUUUGGAUUUGCUUCACCUAUCAUUAUGGUCAUCCUACCCAAACUCGGGAUAAUGACCUGGGACGCAGGACCUUGCAAACCUGAAUGUGAAGGCCUUCUGAUCAGUUUUACCUUUAAGCUCAUCAUUUUACUCAUGGGAACUAUGGCCCUUUUCUUUCGCCAUCCAAAAGCCACCAUGCCGCGUGUUUAUGUGUUUCGUGCUGUUGUACUCUUCCUUGUGUUUGUGCUUACAUUUGCUUUCUGGCUCUUCUACGGAGUACGCAUCUUCAAGAGGAAAGACGCGAAAACAGAAUAUUACAACAUUGUCCAGUUCUCUGUCUCCCUUGUAGACGCUCUCCUUUUCAUUCAUUACUUAUCAAUUAUUGUGCUUGAAAUUCGCCAAUUACAACCACAGUAUGUAGUCAAGGUUGUGAGAUCACCUGAUGGAUUGAGUCAAAAUUACAACAUUGGAAUCUUAAGCAUUCAGAGAGCAGCUGUCUCAGUUUUGGAAAAUUAUUACAAAGAUUUUCCUGUGUUUAACCCAUACUUGGAAAAUGUCCAUAAGCGGUCCUCAAAAGUAACUAGUCUCAAAAUUUAUGACGUUGAUGGUGUUAAUUCUUCUGGACCACAAGGUCGUCAACGGGCUGUAUUCGCUCCUAAUAGUAGGAGGCGAGAUACUAGUCACAAUGAACGCUUUUAUGAGGAACAAGAGUAUGAGCGCCGUGUUCGUAAGAGAAAAGCAAGACUUAUCAUGUCCGCUGAUGAAGCCUUCACUCACAUCAAAAGAAUGCAAGAUGAACAAGGCCCUGCAAUUCCCAUGGACCCUUAUGAAGCAGCUCAGGCUGUUUUCCCAUCAAUGGCUCGUGCUUUACAAAAAUAUCUCCGCGUCACACGUCAGCAGCCACGUUACACUAUGGAAGCUGUAUUACAACAUUUAGCUACAUGUAUCAGCCAUGAUGUCAGUCCAAAGGCCUUUGUGGAGAAGUACCUCACUCAAGGGGCAGUGAUCAUGAACGAGAAGGAUUAUAAGGGGCUCGAGAAGUGGGUCCUUGUUUGCGAUCAUUUGUUGACUAGGGAAAUAGAACAUGGGAUUGUGUUUCAACUUCGGCAAGGAGAGCUCUCAUUACUUUGUUCGGUUCAUAAGUUGCCACAUUUUAGUUUGACUGAAGAAGUCAUUGAUCCAAAACAUAACAAAUUUGUAUUACGUCUUAAUUCCGAGACGUCCGUUUAAAUGUUUAAAGAACUAAAAAAAAAAACACACACACAUACAAAAAAAAACAAACAAACAACUAAACCUGACAGUUGUGUUGUCUUUGACUACUGCUAUUAAUUACUAAAUAUCUGGGGUUUAAGCCACAUUUCUUAGAUUACUUUGCUAUCAUGGUAUUAUUCCUUCCUUCAAGGAAAAGCCAUCUCUCCCCCCCACCAUACACACACACACACACCUACUUCAAAUUAAGAAAAAAUAUAAUUUCUCCAAUUACAAAUUAAGCUAAACAUCAUAUGAUUCAUUUCUGAUUUAUUUCGUUUUGUAUUCAUUUAUCUCACAUUUUCAAUAAUUGGUUUUGUUAUUGAUGUAUCUAUGCUGUGUACAUUGAUACUGUUCAUGCAUUCGUGUUCAGGUCCCUAAUUCUGCCAACAUUACACUCUAAUUGUUUGGCACUGUAAUUAACAAUGUUGUAUGUCAGAAACUUGAAAUACAAUACUAGUGAUUUUUACCAUUGUUCUUCCAACAUGUUUUAGUAUAUAUUCUUUUGUCCAUGUCUGUCUCUGUGUGUGUGUCUGGUUUUAAAAUGACGAAGUGAGGGUUUAUAUUUAGUAGUGUAUCUCAGUUUCUCAGACUUCUCAUAUGAUAUGUAUAUAUCAUAUAUAGGCGCAGGAGUGGCUGUGUGUAUAUGUGUGUGUAUGUGGAUACAUAAAACAUAAAUUUUCUGAUGCUGCUCCCUUUAUAAUUUUCUCUUUUUGUACCUUGAAAGGUGUGUAAAUAGUAUCCAACUACGUGCUCCCUAUGUAUGAGUGUGUGUGUGUGUGUGUGUGUUGGGUUGUGUAUACACUUCUUAUACUGAAUACCUUUUCUUCUUAUUGUAAUUUGACAAAUUUAUAUCUGUGUGUGUGUGUGUGUGUGUGAGUGUGUGUAUUAAGGUAUGCUUGUGUAUAGAUGUUAUGCAAACAUGUUACAUAAAAUGUGGACAGUAAACUUAUUUCUAAUAAAUUCCUAGUCUAGUUGUCUGCUGUUGUUCUUGUUUUUAUUUCUAACUUUGAUAGUCUUCUACAACCUUUGUAUUUAUUCUUUACAUUUGCUUUUUGUUUCCUUAAUUCUACAUUAGAAUGUAGAGCCAUUUGCUGAGGUUACUAAGGAACACAUAAAGACUAUGCAUAUAUAUAAGUAUAAACAGGCUCUAUGGCCUCAAGCUCACAAAGGAUGAUUAUCAGAUAAGAGAAAAAAAAACAAAAACUCUGAAUGAAGGGCAGAUAAC